AUGGAAAAAACGAAAAAUGUAUUAGUGAAAACAUUACACACUGCAAUAUUACAAUUAAGUAACAGUAAAGAGGAUAGACAAAUUGAAAAUUUGUCAUAUCAAUUGAUUGAAUCGUUGAAAUAUUUACCAAAGGAUUCAAUAAAUUUAUAUCAAGAUUUUUUUGAUAAACAAAAUAAUAAUAGUAUUAUUAUUGAUAUUUUUACACCAAUUCUAAAUUGUCAGAAUUUAUCAAGCUCUUUAAAAAUCAUUAUAGUAUCAUGCUUAUUAUCAUACUGUUCAAUUCAUUCUUUUUUACAACCUUUAAUAUUUCAAAGUAUUAAUAAUUGGAAACAUUUUAUCUUUGAAUUUAAACAAGCAGAUCAAAUUUUUGACAAUAUUGGAUUUUAUACUUUAUUAUCUGCUAUUGAAUGUCUCGAAUCCAUAAAUGAAAAAUCUUUAACUUUUUUACAAUUAAAUGAUAGAUUAUUAUAUUCUUUACAAAAUGAAUGGGUUCCUUUAUUAUUAAAUGGUAAUGAUGUAUCUUUAUCAACACAUAUUAAUAUCAACAAAGAUAUUUUAUUAUUAUAUUCAAAUGAAUCAAAAUUAGAUUAUUUUAUUGCUACAUCAAAUUUACAAACUGAAGGAUUCGAUUCAAAUGAUUCAUUUGUCAAUCAUUUAAUUGCAUUAAGAGUAUUUCAAUGUUCAAAUUGGAUCGAUUCAACAUUUUAUAAACAUAUUCAAUUAAUUAUACUAAGAGAAAAAAACGAUUUUGACCAAUCAAUCAUAUUCCAUUUAAAAGUACUUAUGGAAAUUAUCGAUCAUCCAAAUUUAAAUUUGUUACUAGAACCAAAAUUAAUCUGUUUAUUAUUUGAUUCUUUACAAAAUUUGAAAAAAUUUGCACCCUUUGAAAUUCAUAAAAAUUUAAUUAAAAUUAAUUCAACUCUAACGAUUGAUUCAAUUUUAAAUUUUUUACAAUUAAUUAUAACAAAUUUUUUAUUGAAAAUUGAUCAUUCAUAUUUUUUACCAAAUUGGUUUAAUAAUGAAAUUAUUCCUAAAAUUCCACCAAUAACGAAAUCUUCAUUCAUUUUUUUUGAUAAAAAAAACGAUUCAAAUCAAAUUUCAAUUACUUAUAUUUUACAAUUAUUAUAUUGGUGUCAAUUAGAUAUACUUAUAAUUAAUAACAAAUUUUUAAAAAAUUAUUAUAAUUAUAAUAAUUUAUUGAAAUUACCAAUUUUAAAUUCAUCAAAUGAAAAAAAUUUAAAUCAUAUACUGAUUCAUAAUUAUAUGAAUUCUUAUAAUAUUCCAAUGAUUUCAAGUUUAUUACUAUCUGAAAAAUUAAUUAAAUCAUCACCAUUAUUAGGAAAAUUAAUAUCAAUUCAAUCAAUUAAAAUUAUUGAAAAUUUAAUUAAAUUACAUGGAAAUAUAGCUAUAUUUCAUUUAAUCAAAUUUAUCAAUAAAAUAUCUUUACAAGACUUAUCAUUACAAAAAAUAUCCAUAAAUUUAUUAAAUCAUUUAUUUUUCCAUAAUAUUAACAACAAUAAUGAUUCAUUAAUUGAUGAUGUUAAACAUAAUAAAUUAUCAUUAGAAUCUUUAAAAGAAUUAAUUUAUAGAUGGAAUGAUGGUUCUUCAACGUAUUCAUUAUUUUAUCAACGUAUCUUUAUGGAAGCUCAACCAUUAGAUAUAGUAAUAAAAAAUGUUCAAUUAAAGGAUCUUUAUAAAUAUUUACCAAAGGAUCAACAAUUAGAUAUAUCCAACACACUCACUUUGUCAACGUCUACGACAAUACAUAGACAAAUGGAACAACCUCAACCGCGAAAAUCAACUAUCCAACCUUCAUAUGCCCCUACGUCUGCACCUACAAAUAAAUUUAACGCUUAUAAUUCAACAAGUUUUGUUCCAAAUACAGGAAAUAAUAAUAAUAAUUACUUAUUUACAACAACAUCCAAUAAUAACAUCCCUCCUCAUACGCCACAAAUCAAUACUACUUCGACACUCUAUAAUCAAUCUCAAAAUACCCAUAAUCAUAAUAAUAAUAACAACAACAAUAAUAAUAGUAAUACCUUUCAUGGUACAACUACAAGUGAUGACUCGAUGAAUAACGAGUUGUUAAUGCAUCAAACGGACACUUUCUCUGCAUUCAGUACCCCAUUCACAUUAUCUGCUCACAAGACCUCUGAGAUGAUGAAUUCUACUCCAAAGACUCCCAAUACCAUAAAUAAUAACCCUUGGAAUGAAUCACCUCAUGUCGUCGCAAAUCAUUCCAUGUCCGCAAGUAAAAUCGUUAGUACUGGUAAAAACUAUAUUCUUGGAGGACAUAACAGAGUCAAGAAUAACAGUAGAGCUCAGUCUAUACAUAUCGAUCAGUUUCAGGAUCCUGAUGUUUAA